GGCAGUCUACACGAGCUAUCGCAGAGAAACGACUGCAAUCGAGAUAAUUUACAUAAUUUAUAAUGUUCUGUUAUGUUGUGAAAUUAAUGAAUGUAAAUGAUUUUAGUUGCGUGUGUAUUGUGACUUCGCUGAAUUGUAUCAAUACCGAAAGUGAAUUUGAAGCACAAUGACAGUCUAAGCAUUAGCUAUCGUAGGGAAACCAGGACAAUAGAGAUCAUUUAUAUUUUUUAAAUUAAAUAAUUAAAUUAAAUGAACAUUAAUCACGUAUGAUUUUAUGCCAUGUGACUUCGCUGGAUGUUUUUAAACUAGGAAAAACUAGGAAACAAAAAACGACACCGGACGUGACGCACAAGGAAGCGACAUAUUAAACGUGUGUAAAACCACCGCAUUCUACUUCACGAGUUAUGUCUUGCAGGCUCUGUUCUCAUAGCUACGGGCACUACGAAACCACCCUAAGAUCUAACAUAUCAACGUUUUUUCCGCAGCAAAUGAUCAUUUUGACCCGAUAGGCAAAGAUUGGUGAAAAGGCGUAGCGUUUAGUGAAAGAACGUAUUGCCUGCAAGGCCAGAUGUUGGAUGAAAUUAUUAGAGUUCGCCAUAAAGUCAGUGUUGUAUCAGGUAGAGUCAAACUUGAUAAACAAUGAUACAAAGACAUCGAUAAAAGUGAAAUAUCAUCGAGUUGGUGGUCGUGGUUGAGCACCAUGAGUGGUCCAAUCUAUAGGCUCACGUGAAGAAGUAUGGGGAGGAAGAAAUGCUACAUUUUGGAUGCAAGUUCGUUUAUUUAGAACACAUGAUUGACAGGCUGCUUCCCAACAUGGCAACGUUGAGAAAGAUCCACAUGCUGCACCGAGCCUGCACGCUCAACAACACCCUGAGAGGAGCUUCAAUGGCCGGCCCCGCGAUGAUGAGCUGCCUUCCUCGGCCGAGAGGUUCCUUUAUCCCGCAGUGCAGCAGAGCGUUUGCCCUCUUUGGCUGCACCCUUAGGCACACAGACGGCUUCACUGGACGAUUCACAAACCAAGUAGAGGAGGAGGAUGAGGAGGAGGACUUUAUGGAGGACCAGGAGGUGGAGGAGCUGUUCCAGCAGGUGCAGCCAAACACAACCAUCCCAGGGGGGCACCACCGUGUUUUUGUGGUGCACCCCGAUGUCAAGUGGGGGAGCAGGAAGCAAUACCUGACUACUGCGGAGCUGAUGAUGGCUGAGGCCGUGGGGCUCAUCAACACGCUGGACAAGUGGACGGUGGUGGACAAGCUCAUCCUCUCCACCAAGACUCCAGAGAAGAAGAUGAUUUUCGGCAAAGGCAACUUCCAGACUCUUACAGGUAAUUUGUUACGUUGGUUGACGUGUUUUGAGGACUUGUCCCAAGGCUUGUGUCCCCCUGUAGAGAAGAUCAGACAGACAGCAGGCGUCACUGCAGUUUUUGUCAACGUGGAGCGUCUCUCUCCAUUGUCUGAGAGGGAGCUUGAGGAGGCCUGGGGGGUCAAAGUGUUGGACAGAUACUCCGUGGUCCUCCACAUUUUCCGCUGCAACGCCAGAACCAAAGAGGCCAAGCUGCAGAUAUCUCUGGCUGAGAUUCCCCUGCUGAGGUCGCGUGUGAAGAAUGAAUUCAUGAACUUGGAUCAGCAGGGCGGAGGCUCCAGAUACAUCGGAGGCUCAGGUGAGACGCAGAUGGAAGUCCAGCAGAGGCUUUUGAAGGAGCGAGAGAUGAAGAUCCGCUCUGCCCUGGAAAAGCUGAAGAGGAGGAGGCACCUGCUUCGCUCUCGGAGGAAACACAAGGAGUUCCCUCUGGUGUCUGUGUUAGGAUACACCAACUGCGGUAAAACCACUCUGAUCAAAGCGCUGACGGGCGACAGCCACCUCCAGCCCAAAAAUCAGCUCUUCGCCACGCUGGACGUGACGGUCCACGCGGGCCAGCUGCCCAGCCGCAUGACAGCGCUGUACGUGGACACCAUCGGCUUCCUGUCGCAGCUGCCGCACCGGCUCAUCGACUCCUUUUCCGCCACACUGGAAGACAUUAAACACUCGGACCUGCUGAUCCACGUCAGAGACAUCAGCCAUCCGGAGACGACCAAUCAGAAGGCCAACGUGUUGAACGUCUUGAAGAACCUUCGGGUGCCCGACCGCCUCAUGAGCUCCAUGAUCGAAGUCCACAAUAAAAUAGACCUCCUGGACAACUACGAGGUGACGGAGGCCGACGUUUUGCCCAUCUCCGCUCUGGAGGAGCGCGGCCUGGAGGCGCUGCAGGAUGUGGUGGCGGAGCGUAUCGUGGCCUCCACGGGGAUGCACGUCCUCAGCCUGAAGGUGAAACUCAGCACACCUCAGCUCAGCUGGCUGUACAAGGAGGCCGCCGUGCAGGACGUGAGCGUGGACGCGGACGAGGGCUCGGCGGUGGUCAAGGUCAUCAUCAGUGGCGCUGCUUACGGACGAUACAAGAAGUAUUUUGUGGACGGGUAGCAAACGUUCUUGUUUCUUCAGCAAACAACGUAUUUCACACGUUUAUUUCGCCAUCAGUGUGACACAGUAGCUUCAAAGAAUGUAGCGAGGAUUUGGAAUAUUGUCAAAUAAAAAGGAGUUCCACACACUCGCUGGUCACAGCCCAUCAAGAUCCCAGCUGUAUUUCUGAUAUAUUUCCAUAUAUUAUUACCUGCAUCUCACUCACAGCCGUUUCUAAGCUUUCAGUAUUCAGAACAGUUUGUGAACAGUGAUGUGGUGUGCUAGUUGUUCAGCGCACCAAGCACAACAAUGAAUAAAUAAAUAUGUCCUAAACCCGUUAGUUGUAUUGUUCACGUCAUCACCAAGUCAAUCUCAGCACUCCUGGAUUUUUAAAGACAUCUGUUUUUGCCCACUUUUAAAAUAUUUAUCAUUUUAUUCAUUAGUUUUAAAUAUUUAAUUUUAAAACAUUUUACAAAUUUAUGGAUUAAUUAUGUAUGUAUUUAAUAUUUGUAAAUUUUACUAUUUUUAAUAUUUUAUUCAUUCAUUUUCUAUGCCACUUAAUCCUCAUUUGGGUCGGGGGUAUGCUGGAGCCUAUCCCAUCUGAAUUCGGGCGAGGGG